AUGGCCGACCGAAAGAGCGCGGAUGAGCUGGAGCGACUUCUCCAAGAGGCUAUCCAACGCGCUGAAGAUGCAGAGAGAGAACGGCAAGACGAACGUCGACGUGCUGAAGAGCAACGGCAACGCGCCGAAGAUGCAGAGAGGGAACGGCAAGAAGAACGACAACGCGCUGAGAAGGAGCGGCAACGCGCUGAUGCAUCAGAGGAACAGACACGACGCACGACAAUCGAAGAAUACAUGACCGCUUGCCAUACGUCCGUCUUCUCUAGAUUCACCAUCGAAACAGAUCCGAAACAGUCUUCAAAGGGCUCCAUCACUAACCCCCGUAACAAAUGGUGUCCCAAAAACCUACAGCCAUGGACCAGUUUUAUCCACGAACAAAGGCUCACCUUUGGCAUACUCAACGAUACAUUCCCGAUCGAUAGCCGCCUUUUCGAGAACCGUGCUUUCUUGGCCGGGCUGGGUGAUAGAGUCUCCCAGCGGCGGAUAGCAGACGAAAAGUCGCUCGAGUACUUCUUACACAACAGCGUGGAGGAUCCAGUCAGAGUCAUCAUACAACAACUCAAGGAGGUUGAAACGGUCACAGCAGCCUUCGAAAUUGGAGAUGGCAUUGUGUUUGAGAAUCAUCCCCAUGCUCUUGGUGACACUGCCGAGGAGGUGGUUGAAAGAGAGACCCCAGCAACGCCUCGGACGCCGGAUCAUGGACGAGAUCUCAACCAACUGCGACCAGAUCAGAUAUGUGUUACCCGAUCUAGCAAUGAAGCCUCCGCACCGAGCACGAUGGUAUAUAUUUCCGAAUACAAGUCACCCUGUAAAUUGACUGCUCAACAUCUGCGGAUCGGCCUCCGCGAGAUGGAUAUUCAUAAGGAAGUGGUGAAUCGCAAGACCAUCCCGACAUCUAUGGACCCGGACGGGCUGUUUCGAUAUCAUGCAGAGAGACUGACUGCGUCUGCCAUCACGCAGACAUAUCACUAUAUGAUUGAGAGCGGUCUUGAAUACGGCAACCUGACCAUCGGCGAAGCUACUGUCUUCCUAAAGAUUGACUGGAAUGAACCUGAAACUCUUCUUUAUCAUCUGGCGGAACCCAAAUACGAAGUGUCGGCGCACCCGGAUAGCUUUCACAUCUGUACGGCUGUCGGCCAAUACCUAGCCUUCACACUGAUGGCACUUGGCUCACCUGGAGAGCAACACGAACAUGGACAGGAGGAACGUCGAAGGGCAAUGAACAACCUGAAGACAUGGGCAGAAGAUUUCGAGACAACAUUACGCUCGAUCCCUGAAAACGAACGAUCAGCAUCAUCGGAGUAUUCACCUGAUUUCCAACCAACCACUUACAACGGAAUCGAGCGAUCGCCGUACCUCUUGCGCAGAAGAAGACGGAGAGCUGCUGAGCCGCAAAUCGACGAAAUAUCAUCGAGAAGGAACGAUAGACGAGAACCCUCGGAUGAUGAGUCGACUAGGCCGCCGGAUACUCCAACCCCAGCAGGACGGAGUACAGGACAAGCGAGUCGGCGGAGCCAACGACUGGCAAACCGGCCCCGUGGAGAUAGUCACCAACAAGGCCGCCAGUAUUGUACUCAAAAAUGCCUUCUCGGUCUGGUACGGGGAGGUUCUCUCGAUCCUAGAUGCCCUAAUAUUGCUCUCCACUGCAGUAACCUCCCUACACAAACAUGUCAUCCCGUCAGUCAUAGCAAAUGGCUUGCACUUCUCCAGGAACAGCUAGAGCGAUCGCUAGACGAAGGAAUCACGCGAUUGAGACAAGGUGGCAGUCGCGGCGUUCUUUUUAAAGUUACUCUACUAGCUUAUGGCUACACGUUUCUCAGCAAGGGCACGGUGCGGGCCUUUGUAAGUGAUCUGACACAUGAGGCUGCGGUAUAUGACCGCUUGAGCCCACUUCAAGGACGCAACGUGCCCGUAUUUCUAGGCGCAAUAGACCUUCGAUCGAUAAACAAGGUCUACUACUACUUCCACCGGGUCUAUGUGGUGCAUAUGACAUUACUGUCCUGGGGCGGAGACGGUCUCAUCGACGCAUGGGAGUCUAGCGACGCACCAAAGAAUCUCGAGAAAAUGGCCGUCGCAUCAUUACGAGCCAUGCAUCAAAAGGGAGUGAUUCAUAGGGAUGGUCGGUUAGAAAACAUGCUAUUUAAUCGGGAAGUCAAUAUGGUUAUGAUGAUUGAUUUUGAGAGGGCAUCACUUGUCCAGCCACCCAGGCUUCCAUUGGCUCAACUAGUGCCAAACAAACGCAAACAGAGGUCAGAAGAAAGAGAAAGCAAGAAAGCGGUCGUGUUGUCCUGCAAUGCGCAUCGAGCCAGCAGCGGGUUCUCAGAGGAUAUUAUUAAUGCGAGGAUGGUGUUCCGGGAUUUGGCAUCGCCGCCGUACGGGAUCGCGAAGUAG